UUAUCACAGUCGGCCGAGACUCACUCCAUUCAAAAGAAAAUCAUAAAAACAAUACAUCAAAUUCCGUCUCAUACUUUCUACCAUUCACACACAUUUAUUUUGAUAAUUUAUACCAUCUUGCCUGCAAUUUAUACGCAAAACUCCUUCAGCGAUGGGCAAGAAGUUGAAAUUUCCGAGGGGCAGAGCAAAGUGAAGUCCUUUUUCCGCAGCGAGGACAUGGAGCUGUGCCAGCUGCUCUUGCACGUGGACAAUGCCUUCGACUGUGUGAUGGAGCUGGGUCACCACGGCAUGAUACAGUUCAACAACAUCUACGACGAAGACCGGCUGCUGAACAAUCUCUACACGAAGAAGGUGACCCAGUGCUAUGAGUACCUGCGUCUGGUGGACAGCCUGCAGCAGCAGAUCAUCCAGCUAAAUGUCAACGAAAUCUUCUAUCCGAAUGUGGACCAAGAGGACCGGAUGCGGGAGAGGGAUCUGCGCGGCUACGGGGACAGCCUGCGGCGCCUGCACCUGGAGGCCACCACCGUGAUGGAGCACUACCAUCGGCUGGAGACCCGACGCUACCGGAUGAUGGAGCAGUGCUUUGCCAUCACCAAGGCCAACAAGUUCAUGACCGCGGACAGGGGCAGCGAGCUGCUCUACUCGGAGAGCACCAUCGGGGGCCUGGUGCAGGACGUCUCUCUGCCGGCCAGCCAAGUGCAAUAUGGUGCCCAGCUCAGCUACUUGCUGGGAACGAUACGGGCGGAGAAGUUCUGUAGCUUCGAGCUGAUCCUUUACCGGAUUUGCUCCUACAACCUGAUCAUCAGGUUCGCCGAGAUGCCCAAACCCAUCGUAGUGUAUACGGGAAGGCAGCCGGAGACGGUGCGCAUGUUCGCCGUUCUCAUGAUCACCAGCUCCUCGACGAUUUGGCCCAAGGUCCAUAAGAUCUGCGCCCACUACCAAGUUCACAUCCACGAUUGCCCAUCAUCCGCCAAUCGGCGAGAGGAGCGGACCAAGGAGCUGGCCCAGGAGAUCAAGAACAUCGAGAGGGUGCUCAAGGAAGCCGAGAUGAUGCGUCGCCAGAUCCUCGAGGUUGCAGCCCGGGAUCUGUUCAUUAUCCGCGUCAAUCUGCGCAAGGCCCUGCGAGUCUAUGACCUGAUGAACCGCCUCCGAUUGGUGGGUGGAGUGCACGAGGCCAAGUAUCUGCUGGCCGAGGUCUAUCUGCCAGUCUCGGAAUUGGCCAAUGCGAGGGACACCCUCAUAAAUGCCAACCGAUUGAGUGGAGGAGCAGACCGCACGGCUGAUAAGAAACCAGGCACCGAGAGUGUACAUUCCGUGGAUUCCGAUACAACCGAAAGGAAGGUCUAUGAUCCCAUGGAAAAUGCCAAGUAUGCCACUCGCCCCAUGCUGCUGAAGAAGACGCGCAUGGUGAACCACAUACCGCCCACGUUCUUUCGCCUCAACAAGUUUACCAAAGGGUUUCAGGCCCUGAUCGAUGCCUACGGCAUGGCGGACUACAAGGAGCUGAAUCCUGCCCCAUACACCAUCAUCACGUUCCCCUUUCUGUUCGCCGUCAUGUUCGGGGACAUGGGUCACGGCAUCCUGCUGGCUCUCUUUGCCGUUCUGAUGAUCUGGAGGGCCAAGCAGAUCGAAAGAGAGCAGAUAAGUUCCAUUUCGGAGAACGAAAUAAUGAAUAUUCUGUUUGCCGGACGCUACAUCAUCCUGCUAAUGGGAGUCUUCUCCAUCUACAUGGGUUUCAUCUACAACGUUGUGCUGUCCAAGAGCAUGAACCUGUUCGGGUCCAGCUGGAGCUGUCGCUACAAUGCCAGCACCGUGAGUGACAACUUGGUGGAGCUGACCUUUGAUUCGUCGAGCAAGAACUUUUAUUCGGGCAACCCGUAUCCCAUUGGCAUGGAUCCCGUGUGGGUGGUGUGUGGCCAGGUCUCGAUCACCACCACCAAUUCGCUGAAGAUGAAGAUGGCCAUAAUUCUGGGCGUUAGCCAGAUGCUGUUCGGCCUGGGCCUGUCCGCCGCCAAUUGCAUCCUGCUCAAGAAGAAGGCGGACCUGCUGCUGGUGGUGGUGCCCCAGAUGGUGUUCCUGGUGUGCCUGUUCUGCUACCUGUGUUUCCUCAUCUUCUUCAAGUGGCUGACCUACGGCGGAUUGAAGCCGCAUCCGCAUACCUCAUCCUGUGCGCCCUCCGUCCUGAUCACGUUCAUUAACAUGAUGCUGAUGAAGAAGGAUGUGCGGAACGAAAACUGUCCCCUUGGCAUGUUUCCCGGCGAGCGACAGCUGGAGUAUGUCCUCAUCAUACUGGCCGUGCUCGCCAUCCCUGUCCUCCUGGCGGGAAAGCCGCUGUAUGUCAUGCGCAAGAGGAAGAAGGAGAAGGUUGAGGAGGAAAGGAGACAGGUCGAAGCACGGGCCGCCAGGAGUCGCCGGCAGACGAUCAAGGAGAUGCGGUCCGAGGUCAGGUACGACUACGAUGAAACCGCCAGCUCCGAGAUCCUCAAGACUCGGGUCUAUGAAAUGGAGAACGAGCACGACAUGUCGGAGAUCUGGAUCCAUUCGGGCAUCCACACCAUCGAAACGGUUCUGGGUUCCAUCUCGCACACGGCAUCCUAUUUGCGGCUCUGGGCCCUAUCCCUGGCCCACGAUCAGCUCUCCGAGGUCCUGUGGCACAUGAUCCUGUCGAAGGGAUUGAACAACGAUAUGCCCCUUUACUACGGUGUGCCCAUGCUCAUGGCCGCCUUCAUCGCCUGGGCCACACUCACGGUGGCCAUCCUGCUGAUGAUGGAGGGACUGAGCGCCUUCCUGCACACCCUGCGACUCCACUGGGUGGAGUUCCAGUCCAAAUUCUUUAACGGCGCCGGCGAGGUCUUUAGACCCUUUAGCUUUCCGCCCUCCAAUCACAGGAGUUAAACUUAUGUAUGUUUAUAAAUUUCACAGUUCCUCGUUUCUUUUUAGAAAAUUCUUAAAUGAAUUUAAAAUUAUGA